AUGCCUGUACUACAGGUUUCCCAAGUCCCAGCCGACAAGGCAUCUCCGUUGAAGCAUGGCUCCUGCACUCCAGAUCAUGAUUCUAUUAAUGCUGCCUCCCUCGACGAGAGUUUUGCCGCAGAUAAUCCAAAACUGGACCAAACUGUUGCACGUAUCAUGGAUAUCCUAGAAACGUUCAGCCUUCAACAACAAGGCAACGAUGUGUUUCUAGAGAGAGAUGUGUUCUCCCCUCGGGUUCGUCGCCAUGUUACCGCAGGGCACACAGUACCCAUGGUUCUCCCGGCUUUCCCAGCCAAGAGCAUCAACCGCGUCGACAAGGUCUUGGGAACAAUGCCCGACUUGGGCGAGGAGCUUGCUCUGGACCGUCUAAAUGAUCUCUGCUCCAGAAUCAAGAAGAUCUAUCCACCUGGUGCAAUGGUGCUCAUCGCGACUGAUGGUGCUUGCUAUAACGAUCUCACAGGAGUUACGGACAAGAACCUUUGGGAGUACGCCACAACGCUGCGUCAGAUGGUCAACGAGAAAGGCUACGACAAAUGCAUCGAUUUCAUUCGCAUCAUGAAUCUACUAGAGAUUUACAACCAUUCAACCAUUACCCAGGAGAAGUUCAUCAGUCUUAUUGGCCCAAGCCGAAAAGAGCUGAUGGAGCGCUAUGGGGAUCCUAAUUUUGACCCCAACGCCUGCAUUAAGAAUAACCCUGACUACAAGAUGACCUACGAUGGAUAUGCAAAGUUCUUGAAGAAGGAUCUUGCAUACGGUGCUAUUCGAGACCCCAUGACCAGUGGCAAGAAAUAUAAGGCUAUGGUACACGAGUCAGCUAAAGCCAUGAUUGCCCGCGGCGUGGCGUUUGCGAAUUUGAUUAUGGAAAAAUGCCCUGAGCAUGUACGACUUUCGAUCCACCCAUCGACCGGACAAACGAAGAUAUCCAUGCCGCUAAUUCCACAGACAGACUCCUUCUCAAUGACCCCGUGGCACUGCGCAGUAGCCGUGGAUACCCAAGGAAACUUCAAGACAGCACACGUGGGAGUACUGAAUGCAACACACGACAAGGUCUUUAAGCACGGCCGCCCCUACCACUACCGAGAGCGUUCCGCCUUGUGGAAUUGGGACGCCAAGGUAGAGUUUGAGCAUCUAUACGGGGGUGGAUUAGUAAUCCACAAUAUUAGGGGUGACGAACAAUGUAAAGUCUUACUGUCUAAGUCUGACAAGCUGAAGCUGGCUUCGCUAGCCAUAGCCCAGGGCAAGGUUGAGUUGCGAGGAUUUAUGCAAAUAUUUGGGAGUAGAAAACCACAGGGAAAUAAAGGCUUAGAAUAG